AUGAGGGGUCCAACCAUUAUCAAAGCUGAGGAUGAUAAGACGCGCCAGCUGAACAAGCACAAUCUGAUGGCUUUCUCGGGAGAGGCAGGGGAUACCGUGCAAUUUGCGGAGUUUAUUCAAGCCAAUAUUCAGCUCUACACAAUGCGGAAUGACACCGAACUGGGGCCGAAUGCAGUAGCCAACUUUGUCCGGGGGGAAUUGGCACAGAGCCUGCGAUCGCGGAGUCCCUACACGGUCAACCUGUUGCUGGGAGGAGUGGACCCCAUCACUGAGAAGCCUCACUUGUACUGGAUCGACUAUUUGGCGUCGUUAGCCCCAGUGCCAUACGCAGCUCAUGGAUAUGCCCAGUAUUACUGCUUAUCUACUCUUGACAAACAUCACCACCCUGAUAUCACGCUCGAACAGGGUCUGAAGCUUCUAGAGAUGUGCACAGAUGAGUUGAAACGAAGACUACCAAUCGACUACAAAGGGGUUCUGGUGAAGGUUGUAACCAAGGAUGGCGUAAGGGAAGUGGACUUUGACAAUGAGAAGAUCGUCAAGAGUGCUUAA